AAGUUAACGCAAAAUCACAGUUUCGAACAAGAGAGAAUUUCACCUAUCCCAGUUUCAAUUAAUACCGUGAACUAUGAUGAUUCGCCACUGCAGACUAAACCCUGCGAAGUGCCUAACAAUCCUAUUAGCAGUUGGCCUGGUUAAUGCGAUUAAUGAAAAGGGGGUUGGUUCUGAGUAUACCACAAGUAAGCGGAAAUUCAAAACAACCGGUCAGCUCCCCCUGACAACUUAUUUCUUGCCAGUUGAGCCCACCUGGAUUUGGGUCACCGAAAUAGCUGCAAAUGGAGCCCCAAUGGCCGUUAUCCCAAAGAUGUUUACCCAAUCCUACCGAGAGCCAUACAAAAUAGCCCGUGCAGUAGAAACUGGUUCAAUUGGGUUGGGGUCACAUUCAUAUCACGGGAUAGUUGGUGAGAUACGAGAGUACUCCACUGUUUUUGGGGUGGAACUAUAAAUCGCAGGAUAUAAUCUAGUUGGAAGUACCGCUACUUUCCAUCUAAGGGCUUUAUAAACAGAAUUGUCA